AUGUCCCGGAUUAAUUAUGGGGUCAUCACCCUUAUCCCCAAAACAGUUGGGGCUACAGAUAUCCGCCAGUUUCGACCUAUCAUGGUGAUUAAUGUGCUUGAGUGCAUUUUCUCAAAAGUGUGCGCGACCCAUCUAGCCCCUGUUGCAGAGCGCUUGGAUCACCCCCUACAGACGGCUUUUCUGAAAGGGCGGCAGAUCCAUGAUGGGAUCCUGGCCCUUCAUGAGAUUGUUCAUGAGGUCCGGACGCGUGGUCAUAAGGGUUUCUUCCUCGAGUUGGACUUCCAUAAGGCCUAUGAUCGUCUGGAUUGGUCCUUCUUGAGGACUGCGAUCAAUAUCAAUGGCGAGGUCGGGCCUUUCUUCAUGUCCUCUGCGGGAGUGAAGCAAGGUGACCCGAUAUCUCCUCUCCUCUUUAACAUCGAUGUUCACGCUUUGGUGGGCAUCCUGGACAAAGCUAGGACGGUAGGCCACAUAUCAGGGGUUGUUGGCCAUCUGAUCCCGGAGGGUGGGGUCACCCACCUCCAAUAUGCGGACGACACCGUGAUUAUGGUGGAAGGGUCGACCCUUGACAUAGUGAAUCUUAAGUUCCUGCUCCUGUGCUUUGAGGCUAUGUCGGGACUUAAGAUCAAUUUUGAUAAGAGCGAGGUCGUCAUUGCGGAUAACUUGAAUUGCGGACUGGCAUCAUUUCCCAUUACCUAUUUGGAAAUACCGAUGGCCGACUCAAAGAUUCUAAUGAGUGUCUUAGAUCUAUUGGUACAAUGGGUGGCGAGGCGGGCUGAGCCCUGGCAUGGACGGUUUACGUCCAAGGGGAGUAAAUCGAUCCUUAGUUUUGCUAACCUGGUGAGUCUCCCCAUGUUCUUGGUGGGGUUGUAUAUCCUACCGGAAGGUGUUCAUGGAUCCUUCGAUAAGGAGCUCACGGGGUUCUUUUGGCAGGCCGCAGACGGCCGCCAGAAGUAUCACAUGGUCAAGUGGGCAAAUAUCUGCAGGCCCAAGGACCAGGGUGGGCUGGGCAUUAUGGCGUCCCAUCGCAUGAACGUUGCACUUAUGCUACGAUGGGUGUGGCGGAUCAUGCGCGGCGAGGGAGGACUGUGGCUACAGCUGAUUCAAGCAAAAUAUCUGAGAGGUGAACCUCUCCUGGCGUGCUCACGACCGGGAGGUUCCCGGUUUUGGCGGUCCAACCAAAAGAUAAAGGAGGAUAGCCGCCUUGAGAUUUCCUUCACUAUAGGUAAUGGGGACGGGACCCAAUGGUUAGACCCAUGGAUGGGUACCGAGACCCUCAGGGUGGGCUUCCCUACCCUUUUCUCUAGAUUCACGGACCUGUCUAUCCUAGUUUCCGAGGCAUCACGUUCGGGACAGUGGGAUAUCCGGUCCUGCCGGAUGUUUGGGCAGGCAGAGCAUGUUGAGUGGACUAGACUGUUGGCAGCCCUGCCGCCAGUGUUGCCGGACUAUCCGGACACUGUAUCGUGGCGGCUCUAA